CCAGACUGGAAGAUGCCGACUAUUACGUCGUUAUGUCCGUAGCCAAAGCAUCUGCACAUCUUCUGCGUCGACUACUCAAGGAACUCAAUUCAACCUUGUGGGAGAGAAUUCAGAUUCUCUCUGAUAUCUUCACUCUUCUUGGGAGUAGCCUUGUGAUGGCAAAACGCAUUGCAUCCGAUGCAGAGUUUUCUUCACAUCCAAAGGAGGACGAAAAGAAAGUCGAAGAAAGCAUACAUUUAUUUCAAGGGGCAUUACAGAUUUUACAAGGCUCCUUAGAUAAGCACGUGACCUUGAUUGACAAAACAGUAGAUGAACGCCAUAAAGAAUUACAGGGGUGGACAGCCAUGCUCUCCUUAAAACUUGAAGACGAUGAGUUGCAGCAGCUUUGGCAAGAAAAAUUAAGGGAGUCACUUAAAUAUCGCAUGGAUCAGUUGACACAGGGGGAUGUGAUAAAACUUUUCUGCUCUUUGGACCGAGAAAUCUAUCAUCUAGAUAUCUAUGAAUGUCUCAAGGCUGCCGCUUACGAGGCUGCAGAUUACCUUCUAGAGAACGGAACACUGGAGAACCAAAUGGAAGACUUGAGUUCAGAUCUUAAAACGUCCAAGAUGCAGUCUGCUGAAGUUGUAGAACUCUUUUCCCUUCUAUUGGAGACCUGCUGGCCCAUUGACAGUAACGAAAAAGAGCUUUCUCAAGAUAAAGUGUUGGGACACAUUCUUACAUGGAAGCCAAUGGCACAAUAUUUUAAACAUUUUGGUACGUAUAGUAAUGCUGAAAGUGUUGGAAAUGCUUGCUUAUCCGAUGGCGGUUUGGAACUUCGUGUUUUUGCGACCUCGCUUGUCGAACACGUAGCACUUUGCCUGAGAAGUGGUGAAAUUAAAGUGAGCACACUACGAAUUGUCAAUAAAGACCGAGACAGAUUUUUUGAGUUGUACUCUUUGCUACCUAAAGCUCCAGAGAACAUAUCUCUAGAGGAAGAAGUUGUGGCUGGCAGUAAGGCUAGCGGGAACCAGAGAGAAACAGUGGGUGUGGAGGUCCUUCUUGAAAUGCGCGCUGAGGAGCUCGAAGCCUUUGAGAAGGAAAGAGACACUGUUUCUACUUUCAUUCACAUGUGUUCUCUUAUCAAAUCAGUGGAUAUUGACCUACAAAAUAUCAAGAAGAAACUGGAAAUGGUCCUGCCCUCUCGUCAAAUACUUGAAAUUUGCCAUAAACGUGGACAUGGAGAUGAACCUGUGGUAAAGUUCUUUGAUCUUACGAUAACGAACAAGAAAAUGAUGCAAUCUUUGCAUGAUAUUCACCAUAGUCUUCUUUUCCGCGACUUUUGGCGAAUGUGUGGUCAGAGGACCGCCGAUUUUUAUAAAGAUGAGCCUGGGUUUGACAGGACUUUGACGAUAGACAAAGUACAAGAGCGUCUUUGGCUGCCUUCUUAUCGAAAAUGGCGAGGCCUAUGGGAAAGAAUCGUUAACGGUGAAAUAAGUCUUAAAGAAGUGGAUGAGAAAUUCCACAGGUUCAAUGAUGAUCCCGAGGCUUUAGACAGGGAAAUUAAGGCAGUAGUGAUCAAAUUUUCCGAAGUAGACGACAUUGACACCGUUCUUCUUGGCCGUGUUGAUCAAAUUAAACAAUGCCAUAAGUUGAAAGAGUGCGAGGAUACUGCAGCCACAAUUUUAGAUUUCAAAGAAGCAAUGGAACUUCAGGGAGACUUCCAAUUGCUGGAUGAUUUUCGUGAUCAGAUGAAUGAAGAAUUUCAGACACGUCUACUCGGUACCAUCAGUGAUGAGAUUUUCCAAAUCGCAGGAGCACUUAAAAGUGUUUCGAGACCAAUGAUUCAAUGCUUGAGGACUGUCAUUGAAUGCAAGGAAUUCAUAUUAUGGCUUCGGGAAGAAGUGAAAGGUCGAGAGGAAGUGAAAACACUGGUAGAUCUGGCGAUGAUGUCCGCUGAUGAAAGUGACAUCCAAACUGAUCGUGUCUCCUGUCUGCACACCACUGCCCUUGGAUUCGCACCUUUCAUAUUUGACCUGGCGAACAAACAUGCUGACUUCGCGCAAUUGAUGAAGAUAUGUACAGGUGUCUGGGAAGAGGUGGAAAGGAACGAAACCUUGCCAAUGAAACUGAAAGAUAUCAGUGAUCAUCUUCAGUGGCUUAAGGGAAUCAAGGAUGAGCAUGCCAUGUCGUCUCUCAAAUUAGCCCAAGCUAUAAAUGCAAGAGGAGUCUACUCUAUAGGGAAGUUGGACAACGGAGCAUCUACUCAGCUCUACGACAAGAAAAACUUUCACUCUGUUAUUAGCCUACUGCUACCACCAGACAAGAGUAUUGGUCAGGCAAGAGAAUUCAAUCUGGAGAAACUUCAGGAACUGCAAAGUAAACUGGCUCUCAUCUCAGGAAAGGAUUCACAGGGUCAGGAGGACAUACGAAAUUUUGGAGAGUUGUUACAAGGCGCUGUUCAACUUGCCCAGGCUUAUGUGAGUCUCUGUGAAAUCGGUGACGUGUCUCAUCUCGACUGGAAAGGAGAAUAUAAAUGCAAAAGCGUUAUGGGGAAGAGGGUCCUAGCUGAUAUUCAGUCGAAGAGCAAAGAAUUCGAUCACCGUUACAAAGAAUGUAAAAAACACAUUAAUUCAUUAAGAAAGAAGUACCACGAAUUAAACUUUUUCACUAUACAACAGCUUCUUUUCUUGCGCAAGGAACUCGCGGGUUUGAAAUACAGUUCUACCACGGAAUAUCUAAAUCGGCUUCAAGUUUACAGUCUUCUUGAAAAGGUGUUUCCAGGCAUCCACAAAUCGUUAUUACAAGAGGUUUUUCAGGAUGCGGGAAUCUUGUCGCCAGAUUUUGGUCAAUUCAGUGAUGGAGACACUCUGGGGGAUACAACUCAAAUCGCUUCUCUAUUAAGUCAAGACGGAAAAGACAACUCCAUAGAUGAAGUGCAGAUUAUCGAGAAAUACGAGAGCCUUCUUGGAAAUGUGGAGAGGUUAAGUCACUCAGAACCUGAACGUCUAGCCGUAGCAGCUCUUGUUAACAAUUGGGAAAGUAAGGAAGCUGAUCUUGUUUUGUGGUGUUUGCAAAACAUGGGAGACAGCGACCUUGUGGACGAACUCUUUGAGAGAGCUUCAGGAGACCCCAGAUUCCGUAAGAUCGUAGAUCAGAAGAUUGAGUCAGAUGUAGAGUGGAUGCAAUUAUCCCAGAGUUCUGAUUGUGAUCAGAUGAGUGUACGAGAAGGCAGUGAUGAUGAGUUGAGCUUACCUGACGAGCCAAACCUGGACGAAACAAAAGGGGGCACCAUUUUAGGUCUAGAAGAAAUAGGCGUAUUUCUGUCUUACUUGGCAGCUAAAAAUGAAGGGAGUCCUGAAAGAAGAGCUUUCCCAAGUUACCUGAGAUUAGGAGAGCCGAACCUCGUGCUCGUAACAAAGGAACAAAUAUUUGCUGCUGUUCUAAACCUUUAUAAGGACGACAGAGUUCAGAGUUUGCCAAACAGUGACGAAGUUCUUGUGUGCACCACCGGAACGACAUCCGAGGAGGUGGAGCUGUUAUGGCGUCGAGCCCUGGUAGGCGAUGGAAACAAAUUGCAUUGUCUGGUGAAUGGCGAUCUGUUAGACUAUGAAGUCAGCCAAAAGGUGGUGGACUGUUUACACACACUGAUGCAAGAAUAUCCCCAGAAUGAAAAAUUGGCCCUUGUUGUUCUAUGCAGUAGCGAAAACGAAGAGCGAGCUCAUAUUAUAGCCUGUUUGGAGCAGUACAAAGUAUUAAUGCCAAGAUAUCCUCGACUAAACGAGCUCCGCCGCUACCUCGAAAAACAGUUUAGAGCGCCAGAGCAGAUCCCUGGCGAGUAUCAUGAGAAGCACGUUAUUUGGAAUCCAGCUGCAAAAGUUAGUCGAGCGGCGAACUUUAAUGUUCGAGUAGUAUCUUCUGACCACUCUGGAGUAGGAAAAAGUUUGGAUGUGCUGAGGUUGGCAGAAGAGGUGGCGGCCCUUCCAAACAACCGGCUUGUUGUCAAGACAAUGGAAGAGGAGAAUGAAGAACCACCUCUUCUGCGUGUCACAAUUCCUUUCCACGACAAACAUGCACAGAUCGCCGAUGUUGUUGGUUUCUUUCUGCCCCAUGCUCUCCCUUCAGAUCUACCUUUGUCCAGGAUUUUCCACCUCGACCGUUCCUCUGCGGUCACGCCAGAAUUGGAAACACUGCUCUUUAAUUUGCUGAUCUUGGGUGAACUAACAGAUGAUUGUGGGCGCGUUUGGAGGAGGAACUACUACGACUUGUAUAUCCUGGAAAUUACUAACUUCGCCUCUAUGGUAACAUUUUUUGCAUGUAGGUUCCAUGAACUUCUCCCAACAGUCAAGUGUUGUCUUCCGGAAAACACUCUUCCUUCCUUAAGGAGAGGCCUGAGAGAGAUUAGCCGGCCGUCGUUUGAUGAAGAAGAAUUGCUGAGCGACGCAGUUCAGCGUGUCUGGUGGUAUCUUCACCUAUUUGAAACGAACCCCGAGGUCAUCCAGGACUUUCGCUUUAACCCUCAAAGGAAACUUAAGGACCCAACGAAAUGUCUUGAAACGCUGAUAAGGAAUUGUGGAGUACCGAACCCAACCUGGUCAGAACUUCGUAAUUUUGUGAACUUUUUGAACAACCAGCUUAGUGAUUGCGAGGAAAGUGCUUUCUGUGACCCAUCGCUAACAGCGGACACCUUACAAGGAUUGAAGACUUUUGUGGUCAAAUUUAUGAUAAUUAUGUCUGAGGAUUUUGCAAUGCGAUCAUUAACAGACAAAGAAGGCCAUGUAUUUAAGGACUCCCUUGAGGAAACAGCUAAAUCAUACGAUGAACAAGAAAUUGUUCCUUUCCAGCUACGAAGGCGAUGGGAAACCAGCCCUCAUCCAUACAUCUUUUUUAACCCGGAUCAUGCGACCAUGACUUUCCUGGGAUUCCAAGUUGAUCAAAAUGGAAAUCUUCUAGAUCCCAAGACCAAAGAAAUCAUUAAGCGGAAUAUCAUGUCAAGACCCCUUAGAACAGGACUUCAUGUGCAGAAAGUGGAUUUGGACAACAACUUUGAGUCUUAUUCGAAGGUUGACAAAAUUCAAUUGUUGUGUUCUGUCAUGGCGAUCGAGUGCGGUUAUGACCCGGAUGAGUCAUACGAAUUGACGGGUGAUAAUGUGAAGAAAAUUCUAGCCAUCCACAUGAGAUUCAGAUGCAACAUCCCAGUUGUAAUCAUGGGUGAAACAGGAUGUGGAAAGACAAGACUUAUUCGGUAUUUGUGCGGACUGCAGACCGAGGGAGAGGUGGAGGAACGUAGAAACAUGCUCUUAAUGAAGGUCCAUGGCGGCACCACUUACAAAGACAUAGAAAGGAACGUACUUCAUGCUGAGACAGUGGCUGUCAAGAAUGAACGUCUCGGAAAAAAAAUCGACACUGUUUUGUUUUUUGAUGAGGCAAACACCACUGACGCUUUGGGAAUGAUAAAAGAGAUUAUGGUGGAUCGAAGGUGUAAUGGUCGUCCCCUGAGUGACAAUUUGAAAUUCGUUGUGGCUUGCAAUCCAUAUCGGAAGCAUACGAAAGAAAUGAUACAUAAACUAGAGACCGCAGGAUUGGGCUAUCACAUAAAAGCGGAUGAAACUACAGAGAGCCUUGGUGGAAUCCCAUUGCGUCACCUUGUGUAUCGAGUGCAUGCUUUGCCAGAAAGCAUGCGCAGUCUUGUGUGGGAUUUUGGACAGUUGAAUGCCGAAGUGGAAGAACUUUACACUCGUCAAAUUGUUAGAAGAUUUGUACGUGAAGGUCGUCUUCAGGAAGAUGAAAACCGGGUUAUUGCCAUAGCAGCAGUUUUAACAGCCUCCCAACAAUUCAUGAGAAACAAAAAGGAUGAGUGCAGAUUUGUGAGCUUACGUGAUGUUAAACGAGCCAUGGAGGUCAUGAUCUGGUUUUACCAACACUUUCAAGAUUUUUCUGGUUUGAUGGAAGAGGAGCGACGUAAAAAUGAAGAAGAGAGCGAGAAUGAGAGUGACUCUGACUCUGGAGAAGAUUCAACUGAUGUUGAUAUUGACGACAGUAUUGACCCGAUCACUUGGUCUUUGAUUCUUGCUCUUGGAGUUUGUUAUCAAGCACGGUUAACAGAGAGGGAAGAAUACCGCGAGGCAGUAGCAAACUCAUUCCGACCACCAUGCAGGCUUCCUGGCGGCGCUGAAAGAAUUGAACGGGAAAUAUGUCGAUGUCAAGAAGCUUUGAUGGGACAGCUGGAACUUGGACCAAACAUUGCCUGCAAUGAGGCCUUGAGAGAAAAUGUGUUUAUGAUGGUGGUGUGUAUUGAGCUGAGGAUCCCGUUAUUUGUCGUCGGUAAGCCGGGGAGCUCUAAAUCACUGGCCAAAGCAGUUGUUGCAGACAAUAUGCAUGGAGGAAGAUCCAAACAUAACCUUUUCAAACAUUUUAAGCAGAUUCAGUUGGUAUCAUAUCAGUGUAGCCCACAGUCUACCCCUGAGGGAAUAUUGGCGACAUUUCAGCAAUGCAGUGAACUGCAAGAAAGUAAAAACAAGGGAAAGACUUUAGACACGUUUGCUUCUGUGGUAGUGUUAGAUGAGGUAGGACUGGCGGAGGACUCACCCAAAAUGCCCUUAAAAACUUUACAUCCCCUCCUGGAAGAUGAUGACCAAAACGACGGGUUUGUGAUCCAGACUGAAAAGAGUUUUACACGCGUCGCUUUCAUUGGUUUGUCGAACUGGGCAUUGGACCCUGCCAAAAUGAACCGCGGGAUAAUGCUUUGCCGUAAUGAGCCUGACGAAGACGAACUGGAAGAAACUGCAAGGGGCAUUUGUGGAAGUGAUGAGGACAUUAUUACUCAUGUAGAACCCCUCAUAAAUCCGUUGGUCUGUGGCUACAAAGAGCUCUACGACAGACAGAAAAGAUUGGAGAAACUAAAAGAAGGAAAAAAGGACGAAUUUUUUGGACUUCGAGAUUUCUACAGUCUUGUAAAGAUGAUCGUCUCCAUUGCUAAGGAAGAGAAACGUCGACCAGACUGGAAAGAGCUCGAACGCGCCAUUAAGAGAAACUUCAGUGGCUUGAUGGAGGUCGAAGGAGAUUUUAACCCUGUUAAAAUUCUCAUGGAAAAUAUUGGCUUCCCAGGGGAAUAUCUACAGGUUGAAGAGGAAUUCAUGAAAGAUGAGUCUCUAGACCUUAUCUGGGAAAGCCUGAACCGGAAGAGCAUGAUGGGACAAGGACGAUAUUUGCUUAUCAUGACUGAAAACUUUGCCGCCCUUCCAAGAGUAAAACAGCUCUUGUUAGAGCAAAAAGAUAAAGAAGAUCCAUAUGUCAUCUUUGGCAGUGGUUUUCCAAAAGAUCAGUUGUUCACCCAGGUUUGCCGCAACAUCAACCGUGUCAAGAUGUGUAUGGAAGCAGGCAGAACAGUGAUUUUGCUCAAUCUUGAAAACCUCUAUGAGAGUCUCUACGACGCCCUAAAUCAGUAUUACGUGUUCUUUGGAGGAGAAAAGUAUGUGGAUCUUGGGCUUGGGAAUAAUCGAGUCAAAUGCCGCGUUCACAAAGACUUCAGGCUAAUCGUCAUCGCUGAAAAGGACGUGGUUUACAACAAGUUCCCCAUCCCUCUGAUUAACCGCUUGGAGAAACACUUCCUUGUUAUGACAUCUGGGCUCACCUGGCCACAGAAAGAAGUGACCAGGAAAUUAAAAGUUUGGGUGGACAACUUUGCUGAUAUUUUACAGCCGCCUCACCGAAAAAAGAGACCAUUCUCUAAAGGAGAUGCCUUUAUUGGUUAUCACGAAGACAUCGUCCCAGCUGUUGUUUUGCAAGUUUGUGCUGAACUUCACAGCGACGGAGUAUUUCCCUCAGACGAAGAAAGAGAGUCUUGGGAAGAAAAGGUGCUGAGGACAUGUCAGGAGCGAUUGCUUCAGUGUGCGACUCCCGACUCUGUUACCCGUCUCUGUUCUUCACGUCUGAGUUCAGAGGCUGAGAGAAUAUGGACGACGUACUUUCGCGAACAGGAACACUCAAGCCUGGCAAACUUUUUGGAAAAAGUUAUCGGAGAUGUCAAGUCUAGUGACGGUGAAAGGGCUAAAGUACCACUACGUGCCCAGAUAUCGACUCACUCUCGUCUCCUCUCUGAAAGAGACAUUCCUACCAUUGCAAAAGCUGCACAGCUUCCUCCCAGUUCAGUGAAGUGUGCCUCGCUGCAACAGUUUCAAACCGAACAGCAAUUCUUAAACUGCAUAGGGAGAGACUUCUGGUACACGCUGGGAGGCAGGGAAAGCCUGUUAAUCGUUCAGUGCGACUCGGGAGAACAAAUCCUUGAUUUGAUAGCAUGCUCUCGCCAUUUGCUCAUUGAAGAGUGUAAGGAAAUGGAAGACGUGUUGUAUCCAGAUGCAACUGAUUGCAGUCACAUUGUAAUGAUUGUACAAGUGCCCAGGGUGGCAGGGGGCUGUCGAGAUUUCGUCAGUGUGCAAGGUGAAAAUUGGUUAUCUAUCCACAUUGACGAAUUGUGCCCUCCAAGUGAAGAAAUACCUCCGGUUGAAGCACUGAAGGACCGUUCAAUCAGCGAAAUUUUCGAGAGUGCCAUUGAUAAGACAGGAAACUAUUUGAGUAUUGGUCAAGUUUUAACAGGUUGCGUGCAGAUAGCAGCUAGCAAGAUUGAGGAUGAUGAAUCCACACUUGGAAGGGCAACUAGACGAAUUGAACUGCUGCUUAAACUACUUCCUUCCAGAACGAAGGCUGACCUACGUGACAACCGCUUUGAGAUGAUUCUUGCUAAACGACUUCAUGACCUACUAAAAGUGAAAGACCAGCGGGCACCAGAGGAGGGGAAAGGGUGGCUUGAAGACGUUGCCAAAGCGUGCACUGUAAACGAAAAUGGAACUUUCAAGAAGGCACUUUGGCGCCGUUUUCAGUAUGUUGUGGCUCCUAUCCUGGCAGAAGUCAUCGCCUAUGUUGAUCGCGACGGAAACCUUGAGCUGGCUGCCAGCAAAGAUCCCUGGCUUUCAAAUCUCUGGUUAAACGUAUUUGAAGACAGUUCCUUCGCUACUAUUAAUUAUGGAAUGUUCAUGACACGUGAAGAAGAUGUGGAUGUAGUCCGCAGCAAGGUUCCAGUAUUAAAAUCGGGGUAUCGAGGGCAUGUCUUCCAGUGCAGGUUUCCAUUUUCAUGGAUCCUCAAAGAACGCAUUGAUGAGCUCUAUCGAGAGGCGAGAAAUAUCGCAGCAAAUUCUUAUGAGACCGUUACCGAAUGCUUACGAAGGUUGUUGGACACUUCAAGCGUGAGGCGGAUUGUUUCUGAGGCCACCUCAGAAGGCGGCGAAGAUUCAGUGGCUCGUUAUUUGCAUGACUUUACACAGAUGGUGUACAAACCUAAAGAUGACGCGGAGAUUGAGAUUGUUGAAAGAGCGAUCAGAGCUGCUGCCAAAGAGAUUUGUGCCCCACGACAGUCUGCAGAUGGGAAGUUUAUCAUGGAUUUUGCGCUGGUUCAUUUGGGACAUUCUCGUAUUCAGAAGCGAAUUCACUGCCUAUGGCUCUUACUUCGAGCCAAACCUGAAAUUUUAAACGAUCUUCAAAAUAGGUUUUCGUGGGAUGAAGACGAAAUGACCGUUGAUGCUAUUGCUCUACAAAUUUGCUUGGAGCGUAUGGAACCUUGUGGAGAGGAUCUUAAGACCUCCUUGGAGAGAAAAAUUUGGUGUGACUUGGUUAUGUCAGUGAAAACACCAGUGGACGAAAUGAUCGGUGAAAGUGGAACCAAAGGCAAGGCACAUGUUGGAGAAAGGACUCAGUCAAUGUUGAUGCAGUGCAGAUCCAUGUGGCAACGUUUGAGUGCGGUGAGAAUAUUUAUCGAACACAUGUAUCCAUCCCAAGGUGGAAUAGAUUUACCGGAUGUGCAGCAUAUUUUGGAACUUUGGAAGGCUCUAGGUGAAGGAACAGAUUUCACAAAGGCCAAGUCCCUCACUAUCGUGCAACGAGUUUUGAUGAGCUGUAAAGAGGAUUUAAAAGCACGACUGCAAGAUGAUGAGCCUGAAGUGUAUGCAAAGUUCCUUAGAUGUUGCAACGCAUUCUUGAUGGAGAUCAUUACCGUCUUUUGCUUUGGAGGCGACGUGCGAAAUUUGGAUCCAGAAGUAUUUGAAAUACUCAUGGGAUAUGUUACAGCGACACAAUCUGCUGCUGAAACUAGGGAAUUCUCACCUUUCCCUGAAUUUGGAGCAGACAGUAGUCCUAUGGUGAGAUCAUUCCUUUUGCAGCAACUCAUCAAUUCUAGUGAUAAAUUAGCCAAGGCACACAUCCAACGUUUCCUCUUCGAAGCUCAAGGUCUUUCAUCAGAAGUACCUCAUCUCCUGAAUGUCUGUCUACUUGCCGUGCAGUGUAUGGAGAACUCCUGUGACAGUACGUUAGCCAUGAGUGCCAGCUUCGAUCUCCAUAUGCACAUUAAUACCGUUAAUAUGUUUUGUCAAGGUGCACUAGAAAUCUUACAGAAAGACCAUACAAGUGAUAAUGAGAUCCAGGUUAAAUCACUAGAGGCGAUAGCUAAAGCACGGUCCACUCUAAGUAUGGCUGCGCAGUUCAUGUAUAUGAGUUGCGGUAGCGAUUACGAAAAGUGGCGCCGAGGUGACACGCGUGGAGCAAUGGAAAUCCUUUUCAAGACUGUUCAGGCAUUGUGCACGUCGGUUCGUUUUAGGUCCCCUGGUCUCUUUCUACUCAAGCAGCUGGUCAAACUGUAUGGGGGACGUGCCAUUUCAACAGUGUCUCAAAACCCAGAAUUCGCGUGGAUCGUACCCGUAGAACUUCAACGGAGAGAGGACACUGAGGUGAAUCUGGAUAGGUUCUUGGUGUAUGGAGAGUUGUAUCGGGAAGUAAGAGAUGCGAUGGCUAGAGCAAUAUUGAGCGACGACACAGAUGAGCUUGUCGUGUCACUAAAGGCAUUACAUGAGGUGCCAGGGCAACCUGCGGCCAAGGACAUCGUAUUACUUCUAGCUUUGUAUCGGGAGACAACCUUACCGCAAAAAGCGUCGACCAAAGACCAGCAUUUUCAUCAAGAAAAAUGUGCUACUGUGUUAAGAGACGUCCUUCUUAGUAGGCGCAGCGUGAUAUCCCCGAAUGCACAACGUUUGAUCAGGAAUCUCUUCAGGAAUUCUCAGAACUUAGAGUUCCCAUUCCUUGCUGACCAAGAGACUCAGAGCGUGACAGAAAAGGCUCUACCCGAAAUCCUGUUGCACCUGACCUCCGUAUUUCGCUGCAUUGGUUUUGAUGAGUUGCUGAACCCUUUAAGGGAGAUUGUUCUUGCUCCGAGUGAAAUGAUCAAUUCUUUUCUCCCGACAAUGCCAGAAGACAAUUUUGAAGAAACUCGAUCGGCCAUGACAGAGCAGAAUGGUCAGUGGUAUGAAUGUCCAAAGGAACAUCGAUACUUUGUUGGUGAUUGUGGCAAACCAUACCAGCAGCGCGAUUGCCCUUACUGUGACUCGUCGGUUCCGAUCGGAGGCCUAGGACACUGUUUGGUUUCUAACAACAGACUGGCACGCCGGGAAGACCGAUCUAACAAAGGUCACAUCUUGGGAACCCCCAAACGCAUCGUGGGUUCUGAAAGAGAUCUGUCUCCUACUAUGUUGAGCCUCUUGAGGUUUAUUCUCCAUUCAGCGAUGCUGUCCGCAGCCCAAGAACAGCCUGAGGUCGUUAGUCAGCUAAUAAAGGAGUUAGAUGUUCAACCACGGAAUGUUGGGGGUUUCCUCUGGGUACAUCUCGUCAAUGAUGUGGAAAAUAUAUCGGAAAGCCUGGAAAGGAGCGUGGAUGAAGUGGUGCUGAUGAUUCAUAGUGUGUUAGCUGAGAUUGUGUAUCGUGCAACAAAUAGAGGAACAGAUGGUAUUGCAAAGUGGUUAACUAAAGCGGAACGGAGAGAAUGGGAAAAUCACUUUUCUACCGUGUUUUUGGAACCUGUUUGCAUGAAUUUGGAGGAACGACUGCAGAAUUUCUAUACUCUGUCUGUCAACGAUAAGAGAUUAGGGAGUGAUUCCCUCAUGCGGGAGAUUUACGAGGUGGACGACCCCACGCCUCCUCGCUCAGCAGCAGACAUUCAUCCUGGACACCCCACCUUUUGGAAAUACAGAACUCGUUUAACUGUUGAGCAUGUCAUUCGUCAGUUUCAAGACGUCAGGUCAAACAAGGAUUCAUGCAAGAUCCUUGGAAAAUUUCUUAAGGAGGAGCACAGACUUCGUGCAGUACGUCACUUACCGGAUAUUUUGGCUUUGCUUAGAAUACUAACUGAUCGCUUUAAUCGACGAAUCAACCGAGAUGACGCUAAUAAGUUCAAGAUACGGGAGGUUUUGAAAGAAUUGUCUAAAGAUCACAAGGAAAGCGUCACAAAGUUAUUCGAAAGUUUUCGCACUGCUUGGGAUCAAGUUCGCCUCCAGCUCAGUUCGCAAGGUCGUUUUACUCCUUCUCAAGAACAGUGCUCGAAACCAAUUGAUAUGACCUCCACCAUGUCAGUAUUGCUACCAGCUGAAGCUGGCCCAGGUGUUUGUUGCAAAGCUUUACUGUUCUUCUUGGUCAAUACACAUAAUGAAAUGGUGGAAACAUACCACAGUGCUUUUGGAUCUGACGAAAGGACACGUACUAUCGCCAAGAUUCCUUUUACGGAGGUUUCGUCGUCGCAGUUGGUAACGUAUGACUCAGAAAAAGACUUGCUACCAGUGAUGCUAGCCAACUGCACCUACACACUAGAGGUGGGAAAGGAGACGUCAUUGCAGUACAACUGGGAAGCCCUCCAGAAGCAAAUAGUCGAUAAGUUCAUUCGUGGAAGGCCUAUCGUGGAGUUUAAGCUGGAUGAUUUCGUGUUUCAUGAAGAUGACCGCCAUAUGUCCUUCGUCAAGUUGAGGGAAAAGAUUCCACAGGUGUCAAUUGAUGGUAAUACUCGCACUCAGAUUCUGUCGGAAUUGAAGGAACUUAGGAACGUGAGUGAAUUACUUUCAACACUGGAAAUGGCAAUUGGUUUCCUGUCAACGACAGGUGGAGAUCCAGAAACGAAAGUCUACGAUUAUCUGAAGAAUCUUCUUCUUCUUGGUGAUGGAAAGUCGAACUUAAGGAGUAAGAAGGCUCAACAGUCUUGCUGUCUGUGUCACAUCUUGGAUUUGUGGUCCACAAUUGCCGAAGCGCGUGCGAAAUUCUUGUUCAGGAAUAGACAGGAUCCGUUUGAAGAGAUUUCAGAAAGUUUUAAAGAAGAAAUGCCACGAGAUACAAUUGCAUUACUAAGUGCAGCAUUGAAAAGAAUGGAAGUUGACUUGUUUUUGAGAAGAGUGAUUGAAGUCAUCAGUUUGCUGCUUGUUCAUGAAGAAGAAAGAAAUCGUGAAAUGGGACUCGGUGAGUACUUAUCGAGGGUCUUUAAUAACAGCUCCGAUUUGGAUGAGACUCCUGAUCAAGUCAAAGUAAUGCACAUAGUUCACGCGUGCGAGCUUGCGUUAGAUGUGCGUGAAAAAGACCAAGGACGCUGGAGGUCCAUGAUGUCCUGA